CCACGUACUUACUCGCUUCGUCUUCUCCGUCCCAUUUCUAGUUUUCGCCAGUCCAAAUUCUCUCUCCCUUUUUCUCUAUCAGUUCAUCAAUGGCUUCGAUCUCAGCUUCAUCGUUUUGCGUGCGAUCUGCAGUUCCUCAAUCGCGCCAAAUCGCUGCAGUAUCCAAGCUUUCUGGUUCGAAGAGGGUUUCAUUUUCUUACCAAGGGAGAAAUAACUUCUCUUCUAGAAGAUUACGGUCGCUUCAAAUUUCAUGUGCUGCGAAACCAGAGACAGUUGAAAAGGUGAGCAGAAUAGUGAAGAAGCAAUUGGCAUUGGCAGAUGACUCCACUGUCAAUGGCGAGUCCAAAUUUUCAACGCUUGGAGCUGAUUCUCUCGACACGGUUGAGAUCGUAAUGGAGCUCGAGGAAGAAUUUGGGAUAAGCGUGGAAGAGGAGAGUGCGCAGAGCAUCACAACCGUCCAAGAGGCUGCAGAUAUGGUCGAAGUUCUGAUCCUCAAAAAGGGGAGUGCUUAAAAAUCCCACUCCCUUUCAGCAUCUUACCUUGUUUUUUUUUUUUUCUUGCCCAUUCUGUUUCUUUUACUCGCACUACUACUGUCACACUGCUACUCAACGUAGUAUUAGGUCGUAAAAUAAUGAUACCACCUUUUGUUUCCCAAUCUUCUCUCUUUAA